ACCAGGCACCUCGCCACCUCCUCGUGGGAUCGCGCGCAGGAGCGGAUCGCCGCCGCAGGAGAGCGUUCCGAGUCCGAAUACGUACGGGAUGGUGGAGGCGCCGGCCGGUCUGAGCGCGGCGGCGCAGGUGAGCGCGCUGCCGCUGCAGGUGGAUCUCCUGCAGCUGCCGCCGGAGGUGCCCGCGCCAGGGGAUCCCGCCCUGCGCGGCGUCCUCGACAGCCUCUUCGCGCAUUGGCUCUCGCUACCGAACACCGCCGUGCUGCUCGCCAGCCUCGUGCACAAGGCCAAGGCCAGCGGCGGCGGCGCCGCGGCGGCGGGGGCUGGGAUGCUGCCCUCCAUGUUGCUGCAGGGGGGAGCCGCCGUGCCGCCUCUCUCCCCGAGGUCCCCGCGCCUCUCGCGGAGGCCCAGCAGCCUCGGCGUUGCCCCACCCAACCACGCCGCGUCGCCGCUCCGCCCGCCAGCCGCGCGCCCCGCCAAGGAGGUCAUACCGCAGUUUUAUUUUCGAGAUGGCCGGCCACCGCCGUACGAGGUGAGGAGGCAAUGCAUAUCGACAGUUGAUCAGCUCUUCGCCGGCCACUCAAAUGGUCUCCGGGCUCCAGAAUUUCGGAUGGUUACCAGGGAACUCUGCAAAUUACCGACAUUCUUUACUACUGUUCUUUUCGAUAAGAUAGACAAGGAGAGCACGGGAUUCGUGACAAGGGAGGCCUUCAUUGAUUUCUGGGUGAAUAACAAUCUGAUGAGUAUGGAUAGUGCAACCCAAGUGUUCACAAUUCUGAAGCAACAGAAUCACAAUUACCUCACAAAGGAGGAUUUUAAACCGAUUCUGAAAGACCUUUUGGACAACCAUCCUGGUCUGGAGUUUUUAAAGAGCACACCUGAAUUUCAAGAAAGAUAUGCUGAGACUGUCAUAUAUAGAAUAUUCUAUUGCUUGAAUCGAAUUGGGAGUGGACAUCUAACACUUAGGGAGCUGAAGCGUGGAAAUCUACUCAACGCACUCAGGCAUGCUGAUGAUGAAGAGGACAUCAAUAAAGUUUUAAGAUACUUCUCAUAUGAGCAUUUCUAUGUGAUAUAUUGCAAGUUCUGGGAACUGGACACAGACCACGACUUCUUUAUUGACAAAGAAAAUCUUAUUAAGUAUGGAAACCAUGCAUUGACAUAUAGGAUUGUAGAUAGAAUCUUUUCAGAGGUUCCUAGAAAAUUUACCAGUAAGGUUGAAGGGAAAAUGGGCUAUGAAGAUUUCGUCCAUUUUGUAUUGUCUGAAGAGGACAAAUCAUCAGCGCCAAGCCAAGAAUAUUGGUUCACAUGUAUAGAUUUGGAUGGCAAUGGCAUACUUACACACAUUGAAAUACAAUUCUUUUUCGAGGAGCAACUUCAUCGCAUGGAGUGCAUGGCCCAAGAACCUGUUCUAUUUGAGGACAUCUUGUGUCAGCUCAUCGAUAUGAUUGGACCUGAGAAUGAUAGCUAUUUGACACUGAAAGACUUCCGAAGGUGCAAAUUGUCUGGGCAUUUCUUCAACAUUCUCUUUAAUCUGAACAAAUUCAUGGCAUUUGAAGCUAGGGACCCAUUCCUCAUCCGCCAAAUGCGUGAAGAGCCAUCAUUGACAGACUGGGAUCGUUUUGCACGGAGAGAGUACGUAAGGUUGGCGAUGGAAGAAGAUGGUGAAGAUGCUUCCAAUGCAAGUGGAGAUGUUUGGGACGAGUCACUCGAAUCUCCUUUCUAGAUUUUUUUUUAUCAAAAAAAAAAACACUGGGAAGACAUAACAGAUGUUCACAUGCAGCCCUAAUAAUCAAGUCAAAAUCAUGAUCCUGGCUAAGCAUGAAAAGUUAUUUGGUAUCUUAUAUCUACAGAAACUAUAGUUGAGGCAGCUGCAUGCUUGCUGGCACCGGCCAUCCAAAUUUUGACAUGGGAGUACGUCCACCCAGUUUCCUGGUGACAGUGAGAUUUUUGGCCAUGGCUUCCAUGAUAUGCUCUAGUUUUGCUGUUAAACUUCAACUGAUUGUUCUAUGGCAGCAACAAGAGAACAGCACCUUGUGAUUGUUCCGGAGGCACAUCAUGGGUCGUUGCAGCGGAUGCAAUCAUCAUAUGGUGGAUAGUGGAUAGUGAAUAGUUGGCGUCACAAUUUUUGUUCCCAUAGUCACGAUUAGCCAUCUGUCAAAGUACUCUCUCUCUCUCUCUUCGUUGAAUAAGGUCAUCAAGAAGGCCGGUCAUUUACUUGUGUAUUCUGUACUUUAUUUAGUUUGUAGUCACAUG